AUGGACAUGAACCAGCCCAUAUUUUCGGCUCCGCCUGGUUACGUCGUUGAUGUGGACAAUCCUAAGCGAACCGGGGAAGCUGCAAAUUUCUGGGUUGGUACCUUGGGCAUGAUUGUUGCUGCCAUCUUCAUGGUUAUACGUGUCUUUACAAAGACAAGGCUAGCAAAGGGCUUUACGCCAGACGAUAGUAAGCUCGCUCAAAUCUCUCAGAACACCUCUCAAGCCUUCUGCAACGAAAUCCAGUAUCUGACGAGGUCCAACAGUAGCGUUGCUCGUAGCUUGGUCCAAUAUGGCCGAGGCACUCUCGGCGUACACAUCUGGGAAUUGACUGGCCAUAGAGUCAAUUCUACAAUGAAUCUGAUCAGUGUAGCAAGCAUCAUCUACUGUCCUUUCCUCGCUAGCGCUAAGCUAUCUCUCCUCUUCUUCUACCUACGCCUGUCGCACAUACAAUGGUUCCGACUGUGCGUAUACGCAAGUAUGUUUCUUGUCGUCGGAUACAACAUUGCGCUUGUCUUUCCGCUCAUCUUCGCAUGUACGCCUUUCCGACGGAACUGGGAUGUUACAAUUACCGAGGGAAGCUGCAUCGAUAGGACACCACUUUAUAUGGCGACGGCGGUCCUGAAUAUGGCCACAGAUAUCUUGCUGCUGAUUUUACCUAUACCGAUGGUGGUCAAGCUGCAGAUGCCUAGGGUUCAGAAAGCUGGUUUGAUAUGCAUAUUCGGUGUGGGCUCCCUUCUCAUCGAAGCCAACCUCGUCAUCAUCACAGGCUGCCUGCCAACAAUGCGUCUUUUCUUCCGGCACGUCGCACCGCGUCUUAUCGGCGAGUCUUCGCUUCGCAGUCGGUGCAGAAAGCAAAGUAGUACAGGAUAUGGGGGUGGCUCACAUCACCAAUUGGAGCUCAAGACCAUCGUAUCGACGGUUACGAAUAAGAGAUUCGAGUACGUUGAGGAUGACACGGUGAGUAUGGGUAGUGAAGAGAGGACGACGGCGGGCUGGAGGGGUGACAGGGACUCUGAGAGGGGCAUUGUUGUCGCGGGAAAUGCUGGGAGGAUUACGAAGACGUCAAGUGUUGUUGUCGAGAGUGAGCUGCGGAGGAGUAGUUUGACAGAUCCAAGGUCGAGUGUUGCAUGCCUGCGAUGA